GGGUCGGCGGGGGGCGCGAAGGCGGUGCCGAUGCACCGGCUGUUCGCCUUCGCGGACCGGCGGGACGCGGCGAUGAUGGCCGUGGGCGCCGCCGCGGCCAUUGCCAACGGGCUCGCGAUGCCGCUGCUCACCUUCCUCAUCGGCGACCUCGUCGACGCGUUCGGCGCCGCCGACCGCGCCCGCGUCGUGCACGUCGUCUCUAAGGUCGCAGUCCGAUUUGUAUAUGUAGCAAUAGCUUCUGGAGUGGCCUCCUUUCUUCAGGUGUCAUGCUGGAUGGUGACCGGAGAAAGGCAGGCUGCACGUAUCCGAGGGUUGUACCUUGAGACUAUACUAAGGCAAGAUAUUUCUUUCUUUGAUGUGGAGACAUCUACUGGAGAAAUUAUUGAAAGGAUGUCUAGUGACACAGUGUUGAUCCAAGAAGCAAGUGGAGAAAAGGUUGGGAAGUUUCUCCAGCUGAUAUCAACAUUUCUAGGUGGAUUCAUAAUCGCAUUUGCAAGAGGCUGGCUUCUGUCCCUUGUCAUGUUGUCAAGUAUCCCUCUAGUUGUUAUUUCUGCAGGAGCCAUGUCACUUGUCAUAUCAAAGCUCUCAAAUCGUUCUCAGAUGGCCUAUGCUGAAGCUGGGAAAGUGGUUGAACAGACAAUCGGAUCAAUCAGAACUGUGGUAUCUUUCAAUGGUGAGAAGAGAGCAAUGGAUAGAUACAAUGAGUUUUUAAAAACAUCGUACAGGUCAACAGUUCAGCAGGGAAUUGCUAUGGGACUAGGAAUUGGUUCCCUUUUGCUUAUUGUUUUCUGCAGCUACGCGUUGGCUGUAUGGUAUGGUGCAAGGCUAAUUAUUGAAAAGGGGUACACUGGGGGAUAUAUCAUCAAUGUGAUAAUGGCCAUCAUGACUGGUGCAAUGGCUCUUGGAAAUUCUUCUUCAUGCUUAAGUGCUUUUGUAUCAGGACGGGUCGCGGCUUACAAGAUGUUUGAAACAAUCUACCGAACACCUGAAAUUGUUGCGCAUGAUAAGAGUGGCCUUGUAUUGGAGAACUUCAUGGGUAAUGUUGAGCUUAGAGAUGUCCAUUUCAGUUACCCUACAAGGCCAGAGCAGUCAAUUUUCAGUGGCUUCUCUAUCACCAUUAGGACUGGCACAACAAUGGCAUUAGUUGGGGAGAGUGGAAGUGGAAAGUCUACUGUAAUUAGCUUGGUAGAAAGGUUCUACGAUCCACAAUCAGGUGAAGUUCUCCUAGAUGGUGUCAAUUUGAAGCUACUAAAACUUAGCUGGAUAAGACAGAAAAUAGGGCUUGUCAGCCAAGAGCCAAUUCUUUUCACGACGACAAUAAGGGAAAACAUCAGGUAUGGAAAGAAAGGUGCAUCUGAGGAAGAAAUCAGGAGUGCUACUAUGCUUGCCAAUGCCACAAAGUUCAUUGACAAGUUACCAAAUGGACUAGAUACAAUGGUUGGUGAGCAUGGCACUCAGCUUUCUGGUGGACAGAAACAAAGAAUUGCAAUUGCAAGAGCAAUUUUGAAGGACCCUAAGAUACUACUUCUUGAUGAAGCUACAAGUGCACUUGAUGCUGAGUCUGAGCAUGUAGUUCAGGAGGCACUUAAUAAUAUCAUGGUGAACAGAACCACCAUAAUUGUAGCGCAUCGCUUGAGCACUGUGAAAAAUGCUGACACAAUAUCAGUGCUACACCGUGGACAGCUUGUGGAACAGGGAUCACCUGCUGAGCUGAUUAAGAAUCCCAAUGGAGCAUACUCUCAACUAAUACGGCUUCAGGAGGUCAACGCUAAAAGAAAUGGGGCUUAUGCUGACAGCUCCAACAGGACACGGACAGCAUCUUAUACUGCAAAUAACUAUAUCAGUGACCAGAGUAGCAGAAAGCAAUCCAUUGAGAGAUCCAUGAGUAUAAAUUCACCACCGGAUGGAAGCAGAAGGAAUUCAAACACAUUCUCAGCAAAUGAACAUGAGAAAAUUGGUGACGAUGAUGCGAAAUUGGGGAAGAAAGUCCUCAGACGACUACUCCACCUCCACAAGCCCGAAACUAAAAUUCUUGUAUUAGGAUGCACUGCAGCUGCCGCCAAUGGUGCUAUACUUCCUGUGUUUGGCCUCAUGAUUUCAACUGCCAUCAGAACAUUUUACGAACCGCCACACAAACUACAAAAAGAUUCAGUGUUCUGGGCAGAGAUGUAUGUGACACUGGGUGUGCUCUCCAUCCUUAUCAUGCCGGUUCAAUUCUCUAUGUUCUACAUGGCAGGUGGAAAGCUUAUUGAGCGCAUACGUGCAUUAUCAUUUACUCAGGUUGUUUACCAGGAAAUAGGAUGGUUUGAUGACCCUCUGAAUAGCAGCGGUGCAAUAGGCUCUAGGCUAUCCACAGAUGCAGCAUCUAUCAGAGGCAUUGCAGGAGAUGUCCUUUCAUUGAUAGUGCAAAACAUAAGCACAGCUAUUGUUGGCAUCGUGAUAGCAAUGGUUGCAAACUGGAAGCUAGCAUGCAUAGUUGUAUGCUUUGUUCCAUGUGUAUUUGCACAAAGCUUUGCUCAAGCAAGGUUCAUGAGGGGUUUUAGUGCUGAUGCCAAGAAAAGUUAUGAACAAGCAAGCACGAUUGCUAGUGAUGCCAUUGGUAAUAUCAGAACUGUGGCUUCCUUCUGUAUUGAAGAGAGGAUAGUCGAAAACUACCGAAAGAAAUGUGAAGGUCCAGUGAAGCAAGGACUUCGACAAGGGGUUAUAAGUGGUGCCGGCUAUGGAUUCUCGUUUGCUAUGCUGUUCUGCUUUUAUGCUAUAUCUUUUUAUGUUGGAGCUCUCUUUAUACACAAUGGGACAGCAGACGUUGGGCAAGUCUUCAAGGUCUUCUUUGCCCUAACCAUGAUGGCUGUAGGGGUUUCGCAGUCGAGUUCCAUGGCUCGUGAUUUUAGCAAAGUGGAAGAUGCAGCGGUUUCCAUUUUUGAGCUUAUUGAUCGGAAAUCCAUGAUUGAUGCAAGCUCUGAAGAGGGAACGACACUUGAUACAGUGCAGGGUUAUAUAGAGUUGCAGCACGUUACCUUCAAGUACCCAGCUCGGAAUGACGUGCAGAUCUUCAGAGACUUGUGCUUGAGAAUCCCGUCUGGCAAGACUGUUGCGCUUGUCGGAGAAAGCGGAAGUGGGAAAUCGACAGUGAUCUCGCUGGUAGAGAGGUUCUAUGACCCUGACUCUGGCGUGAUCCUUCUAGACGGCAAGAAUCUGAAGAGCCUCAAGCUCAGCUGGCUGAGGCAGCAGCUGGGGCUAGUUGGGCAAGAACCCGUCCUCUUCAACGACACGAUUAGGGCGAACAUCGCUUACGGCAAGGAGGGGGAGGUCUCCGAGGAGGAGAUCUUCGCCGCAGCGGAGGCGGCCAACGCUCACAGGUUUAUCUCCUCCCUCUCCAGCGGUUACGGCACCAGCGUCGGCGAGCGCGGCGUGCAGCUCUCUGGCGGGCAGAAGCAGCGGAUUGCCAUCGCGAGGGCGAUCCUGAGGGACCCCAAGGUGCUGCUUCUGGAUGAGGCGACCAGCGCGCUGGAUGCCGAGUCGGAGCAUACCGUGCAGGAGGCGCUGGACAGGGUGAUGGUGGGCAGGACGACCGUGGUUGUGGCGCACCGGCUGUCAACCAUAACCGGAGCGGACAAGAUCGCCGUCAUCAAGAAUGGCGUCGUCGCUGAGGAGGGCCGGCACGAGCAGCUGCUGCGUGCUUUCCCCGGUGGGGCGUAUGCGUCUCUUGUUGCGCUGCAGUCUAGCAGAAGUUCGUGACUCACUACUGGCUCUUGCUUCCUUAGUAACAUGCAUGUUAGAGUUUAACAAAGAGCAUAAGCGAUAUGAUGUUACGUUACUGGCUUCAGUAGCUUGUCGGCGUUACAAAAGAAGCUUCCACUGUUUGCUCAAA